GAUAAAACAAGCAAACUAAAAUAACCAAAACAAAGCUCGAAUCCCCCUCUUGCAAUUUUGGCUGUAUCUCGUCAUAUCUUCACCUCAAUCUUUUAGGCGAUGGCUUCGAAUCCUCCGUUCCAGGUGGAGGAUCAAACGGAUGAAGAUUUCUUCGACAAGUUAGUUAAUGAUGACGAUGACGAUAGCAUGGACCCCACCGUCCCAAUAUUCACAGAGGGUAAUAACUCCAACGAUGCUAAAGCCUUUUCCAAUUUAUUAAUGGGAGAAGAUUCCGGCUGCAAAGAGGUUGACUGUCAUGGCGGAAAGGAAAAAGAUCCCGCUGAUGCAGGUCCAGCACCCGCCAAUUCAUCGGCAGGUAAUGGCCCUAAUAAUUCAUUAGGGAUAGAUAAUAGUUUGAUUGAUUCGAAUAAUCACAUACAAGAAGGAGCACAGUCAGAGGCUGUAUUCAGUCAGAACUUAAAUGAAAAUAUUGGAUCUAAGAACGCUGGGGUUAAGGAAGUAGGGUGGAAUUCGCUUUUUGCCGCUUCUAAUGAGAAUGGGGUCCAAGGGUUUGGUUCGUACUCUGAGUUUUUCAGCAAUUUAGGGGAGAAUUCCACAGAGGAUUUCCCUUCUGAGGUGGAUGUAAUUGCGAAAACAAAUUUAUUUGAUCGGAAUUCAGUUACUGCUCAGGAGCAGUAUCAUGAUGCCAACCAUGAUCAGGUUUGUGGAGAUUCUAUUGCAGAUAAUGGAAAUGAGCUUGAUUUCUAUAGCAUUCAGUACUGGGAGAAUAUGUAUCCAGGAUGGAAGUAUGAUGCAAAUUCAGGGCAGUGGUAUCAAAUGGAUGUUUCAAGUGGUGAUGGAAGUGGGAACCCAGAUAUGAAAGCAGGGGCUUCUUAUUUGCAGCAGACAUUUCAAUCUGUUGCUGGGACUAUGACAAUCGUAGAGAGAAGUGCCAUGGAUAGUGUGGCAAAUUGGAAUCAGGUUUCCAAAGUGAAUGAUGGGUAUCCAGAACAUAUGGUUUUUGACCCUCAAUACCCUGGUUGGUACUAUGACUUAAUUGCUCAGCAAUGGUGUCCACUGGAUAGCUAUAAUGCCUCUGUUAAGUCAACUGUUCAAGCUGAUGGUCAGCAAAAUGGAUAUACUUAUACCGUUCAGAAUUCUCUGACACAAAUUAACGGUUCUAGGAUGCAUGGUGAAAAUGAACAAGGUGAUAAUUAUGGGUCAGUAGGUCUCAAAAACCUUGGUGAACGUCCUAUUUGGGGAGAUUCCUAUGGUAACUAUGAUAGUCCAGGUUUGAAUAUGUGGCAAUCUGGGACUGUUCCCAAAACUAAGGCAGUUUCAAGCAUUGCUGGGAACCAGCAACCAGAUACAUCUUUUGGUUUGAAUAUGCCUGUGAACAACCAAGUAAAUCACUUCAAGUCAUCCUAUAAUUCUCUUCCGGAAGUUCAGUCAGUAUAUAAUGCUAAUCAGGUUCAUACUGAAGCCAAUGGGGUUUCUGGGUUACAAAGCUUUCUUCCUACUGAAAACUUCAAUCACCAGUUUACCCAGACAAGUUUAGAGAAAAAUGAGCAAAUGCAUUUCUCAAAUGAUUUCUAUGGAGGCCAAAAGUCUGUUAAUGUUGCUCAGCAGCCACUUCAGACUAGCCAGAUGUUUCCUUAUGCUUCUAACACUGGAUUGUCUUCUGCUGGCCCUCCACAUGCACUUGUUAGUUUUGGAUUUGGUGGAAAACUCAUAGUAAUGAAAGAUAGUAGUCCUCUGCAAAACUCGUCAUUUGGUGCCCAGGGUUCUGUAGGAGCAUCUAUCUCUGUACUCAAUUUGUUGGAAGUUGUUAAUUCAAACAUUAGCAUUUCUGGUGCUGCACCGGCAACCUCUGAUUAUUUUAGUACUCUAUGCCAACAAUCCUUCCCUGGUCCAUUGGUGGGUGGAAAUGUAGGCAGUAAAGACUUGAACAAGUGGAUUGAUGACAGGAUUGCCUGCUGUGAAUCACCUAACAUGGACUAUGGAAAAGGUGAACUUUUGAGAAUGCUUCUCUCGUUGCUUAAAAUAGCUUGGCAGCAUUAUGGAAAACUUCGGUCUCCUUUUGGAUCUGACAUCCUAUUGAAGGAGACUGGUACUCCAGAAUCAGCAGUUGCUAAACUCUUUGCAUCUGCGAAGAGGAAGGACACACCUUAUGGUGCUCUUAGCCACUGCUUGAAGCAAUUGCCUUCUGAAAGACAAGUUCGGGCAACUGCACUUGAGGUGCAGAAUCUUCUGGUUUCUGGAAGAAAAAGAGAGGCUCUACAGCAUGCACUAGAAGGUCAAUUGUGGGGACCUGCACUUGUUCUCGCAUCGCAACUUGGCGAACAGUUCUACAUUGAUACUGUUAGGCAAAUGGCACUUGAUCAGCUGGUAGCAGGGUCUCCUUUACGGACAUUAUGCUUGCUAAUUGCAGGGCAACCAGCUGAAGUUUUUUCCACAGGCCCCACAGUUAGCAUGGAUUUGUCGCAACAGCAUGCAGAGUUAAGGGAAAAUUGCAUGCUUGAUGAUUGGGAAGAGAAUUUGGCCGUAAUAACUGCAAAUAGAACCAAAGAUGAUGAACUUGUAAUUAUUCAUCUUGGAGAUUGCCUGUGGAAGGAAAGGAGUGAGAUAACGGCAGCACACAUCUGUUACUUAGUUGCGGAAGCAAACUUUGAGUCAUAUUCAGGUAGUGCUAGACUUUGUCUUAUCGGAGCAGAUCACUUGAAAUUUCCCCGAACCUAUGCUAGUCCAGAGGCUAUCCAGAGGACUGAAUUAUAUGAAUAUUCAAAGGUGCUGGGGAACUCCCAGUUUGUCUUGCUACCAUUUCAGCCAUACAAACUUGUUUAUGCACACAUGCUGGCUGAAGUUGGAAAAUUUUCAGAUUCAUUGAAGUACUGUCAAGCUGUAUUGAAAUCUCUGAAAACUAGUCGAUUGCCUGAGGUAGAAACUUGGAAACACUUAAUUUUAUCUCUUGAGGAGAGGAUAAGAUCCCAUCGACAGGGGGGAUAUGCUACAAAUUUGGCUCCAGCAAAAUUAGUUGGUAAAUUGCUGAACUUUUUUGAUAGCACUGCACAUCGUGUUGUUGGGGAUCUACCACCACCUUCUACACCAGCACCAAAUGGAAAUUCUCUAGGUAAUGAUCAUUUCAACCAACAAACUGGGCCAAGAGUCUCUUCUAGCCAAUCAACAAUGGCUAUGUCAUCAUUGAUGCCCUCUUCUUCAAUGGAACGUAUAAGAGAUUGGGCAGGCAAGGGGGCUGAUGGCAAAAUGACAGUGCAUAAUAGAAGUGUUUCAGAGCCGGACAUGAGCAGAACUCCAAGACAGGUUGAUUCAUCCAAGGAAACAGGAACAUCCACUGAACAAGGCAAAGCAUCAGGCUCAGUAGGGGCAUCUCGCUUUUCUCGUUUUAGUUUUGGCUCACAGAUUUUACAGAAAACUGUGGGGUUAGUCUUAGGGCCUCGUGCUGAUAAACAGGCUAAGCUAGGCGAAAGAAACAAAUUCUACUAUGACGAAAAACUUAAGAGAUGGGUGGAGGAAGGUGCUGAACCUCCAGCUGAAGAAACAGCCUUGCCACCACCUCCGACUACUGUUGCAUUCCAGAAUGGAACGUCUGACUACAACUUGAACUCUGUAUUGAAGAAUGAGGGUUCUCCUCCUAACGGAAGCCCGAAACUCAGAAACCCAACCCCAAUAGAACAUGCUUCUGGGAUCCCUCCUAUUCCUACAAGCUCCAAUCAAUUAUCUGCUCGUGGACGAAUGGGUGUUCGAGCAAGGUAUGUGGACACUUUCAACAAAGGUGGCGGCGGCGGCCAAGCAAAUUUAUUUCAGUCACCGGCUGUUUCCUCUGUUAAACCUGCAGCAGCUGCAAAUGCAAAGUUCUUUGUUCCCAUUCCUGUAUCAACAACGACUAAUGAACAAUCAAUGGAGACAACUACUGGAAAUGCAAAAGAGAAUGCUACAAGUAAUAAUCUUACCACUUCCACUUCUGAUGCCGAUGCCAACGCUUCUUGUCCAUCAUCGAAGACUAAGCACAAAUUCCCAAGCAUCGAUAAUAUUCCUCAGGAAGGCAUAAUGACAAAUGGCAAUGGCUAUUCAUCAGACUGGCGUCGAGCAGCCUCGUGGAGCGGAAGCAACUUUGAAUUAGGUCAUCCUAGCGGGGCCGACAUAAGACUUUCAGGAGAGGCAUUGGGGGAGCCUCCGCCAUUGUUUAUGCCUAGUCCAAUGAAUGAUAAUAUUGGGGAUGAGCUACAAGAGGUGGAGCUUUGAGACAAGAUUUGUCAAAAUGUAAAUAUCAAAGUUUUCUUCCUGCAAUCCAAAUACGAAUAUUCGUGAUAUUUCUGAGCAUACAACAAUGGCAGCACACUUAAAACACUGGUAAUGGAAACAAAAAUAUCUUCUUUAACUAUUAA